GAUGGAUUAAGCCAAGAUCUUAAUCCCAGAAGUGAAACUCAAGACAUUGCUUAUCAAAGGUAAGAAAUUAAAUUGCUUUAAGCUCUGAUCUCCAAAAAAAACAAUAUAAUACCGAGUGAAGGACAGAAUUCGUUUUUUAGAGUAGGCGAAACCUUAUCUUUAAGGUCAUAGUUUUCUAAAAGUGAUAAAAUUAAAAUCUAAUUUGACAAGGAAUCUUGAAC